UCGCUUUGUUCGCUCAGAGACUCAACGUACAUGGCCGCCGUGGAGGAACAUGGCCGCCGUGCAGCUGCUGCGGGUGUCGGUACAUGAGCGGAUCAGCGCUGCCGCUGAAGACGUUCUGAUGCAGGUGGAGAAAGAUGGAGGAAAGGCUCAAGUCCCGGCGCUGAGAGCGAUGCUAACCGAGCGGCUAAUGGCGGCGGCUGAGGAGAUCCUCGCGGUGUUUGAGGAAACCGUGGCAGAGUACGAAGACAGAUACGACGACCGAGUGGAGCGGACAGGGGAGGAGAUCUGCCGCCAGAGGAGGCUGCUCGAUGCCGUGAUGCAGCCCGUAGUCCGGCUGCACAGAGCAGGGUGUCCUGCAGAUGUCCAGCAACUGAUGUUGAAUAAAGCAGAGGUUACCCCUGUACAGCAGCAGUGGAGCCCCCUUGUGGUCAAGGAGGACCCAGAGCCCCCCCACAUUAAAGAAGAACAGGAGGAACCGUGGACCAAUUGGGAUGGACAGCAACUUCAAGGACUGGAAGAGGCUGAUAUCAAUUUCACAUUGACCCCUGUCGCUGUGAAGAGUGAAGAAGAGGAAGUUAAAUCGUCAAAGCUUCAUCUGAGUGAGACGAAGGAGAACAGAGGGAACAUAAGGGGCAAUCUAAAGAAAGAUAAACCAUUUAGUUGUUCUGAGUGUGGUAAAAGUUUUAAUCAAAAGGGCAAUCUAAAUAGACAUAAGAGGCGUCAUACAGGAGAGAAGCCAUUUAGUUGCUCUGAGUGUGGUAAAAGAUUUAACCAAAAGGGCAAUCUAAAUACACAUAUGAGGUGUCAUACAGGAGAGAAGCCAACUAGUUGCUCUGAGUGUGGUAAAAGAUUUAACACAAAGGGCAGUCUAAAUACACAUAUGAGGAAUCAUACAGAAGAGAAGCCUUUUAAAUGCUCUGAGUGUGGUAAAAGAUUUGACCAGAGUAGCAAUCUAAAUUUGCAUAUGAGGCGUCAUACAGGAGAGAAAACAUUUAGUUGCUCUGAGUGUGGUAAAAGAUUCAACCACAAGGGCAAUCUAAAUACACAUAUGAGGUGUCAUACAGGAGAGAAGCCAUUUAGUUGCUCUGAGUGUGGUGAAAGAUUUAAUCAAAAGGGCAGUCUAAAUACACAUAUGAGGCUACAUACAGGAGAGAAGCCAUUUAGUUGCUCUGAGUGUGGUAAAAGAUUUUACCAAAAGGGCAAUCUGAAUAAACAUAUGAGGCGUCAUACAGGAGAGAAAGCAGAAAGGAGGAACAUGGCCGCCGUGCAGCUGCUGCGGGUGUCCGUACAUGAGCGGAUCAGCGCUGCCGCUGAAGACGUUCUGAUGCAGGUGGAGAAAGGAGGAGGAAUGGCUCAAGUCCCGGCACUGAGAGCGAUGCUAACCGAGCGGCUAAUGGCGGCGGCUGAGGAGAUCCUCGCGGUGUUUGAGGAAACCGUGGCAGAGUACGAAGACAGAUACGAAGACCGAGUGGAGCGGACAGGGGAGGAGAUCUGUCGCCAGAGGAGACUGCUCGAUGCCGUGAUGCAGCCCGUAGUCCGGCUUCACAGAGCAGUGUGUCCUGCAGAUGCCCAGCAACUGAUGGUGAAUAAAGAAGAGGUUACCCCUGAGCAGCAGCAGUGGAGCCCCCUUGUGGUUAAGGAGGACCCAGAGCCCCCCCAUAUUAAAGAAGAACAGGAGGAACCGUGGACCAAUUUGGAUGGACAGCAACUUCAAGGACUGGAAGAGGCUGAUAUGAAGUUCACCUUAACUCCUGUCGCUGUGAAGAUUGAAGAAGAUGAAGGGGAACUUAAAUCGUCAAAGCUUCAUCCGAGUGAGACGAAGGAGUACAGAGGGAAUGUAAGGGGCAAUCUAAAGAAAGAGAAACCAUUUAGUUGCUCUGAGUGCGAUAAAAGAUUUAACCAAAAGAGCAGUCUAAAUAUACAUAUGAGGUGUCAUACAGGAGAGAAGCCAUUUAGUUGCCCUGAGUGUGGUAAAAGAUUUAACCAAAUGAGCACUCUGAAUACACAUAUGAUGUGUCAUACAGGAAAGAAACCAUUUCGUUGCUCUGAGUGUGGUAAAAGAUUUAACACAAAGGGCAAUCUAAAUACACAUAUGAGGUGUCAUACAGGAGAGAAGCCAUUUAGUUGCUCUGAGUGUGGUAAAAGAUUUAACCAAAUGAGCACUCUGAAUACACAUAUGAGGCGUCAUACAGGAGAGAAGCCAUUUGGUUGCCCUGAGUGUGGUACAACAUUUGACCGAAAGGGGAGUCUAAACAGACAUAUGAGGUGUCAUACAGGAGAGAAGCCAUUUAAUUGCUCUGAGUGUGGUAAAAGAUUUAACAUAAAGGGCAAUCUAAAUACACAUAUGAGGCGUCAUACAGGAGAGAAGCCAUUUAGUUGCUCUGAGUGUGGUAAAAGAUUUAACACAAAGGGCAAUCUAAAUACACAUAUGAGGCGUCAUACAGGAGAGAAGCCAUUUAGUUGCUCUGAGUGUGGUGAAACCUUUAACCAAAGAAGCAAUCUAAAAAAACAUAUGAGGCGUCAUUAGGGUUGCAAAAUUCUGGUUAUUCAAAUUCAAUAUUCAAAGUUGGAAACUUUCCAUGGGAGUUAACGAGAAUAAACUGGAAAUUUGUAUGGGUAAUUUAUACCAACUGUAUUUACCUUGUCAUAUACACACUUAAAUAUAAACAUUUUGUUUUGUCACAAGCUGAUUAGAGUCCUGAGGAAACUUUGGGCACUUGACUAUAUGCUUCUGUAUCUUUGUGGCAUUCUUAACAUAGGUGUUCGCACAGUAUUUGCAAAUGUACACAGCCUUUCCUUUUACAUUGGCUGGGGUGAAAUUUCUCCAUAUAUGAGAGUUCACGUGGCAUUGUUCUGUAGAAUAAGAUGAGAAAAAAGCUUGUAAAAAAAUAAAUAAUGCAAUGCCAGAGAUAUAAAUAGUUAGCUAAACAAUUGGAAUCGUCUUUAAAAAUGUUUUACAAUUGAUGGAUAAAUUAAUAGAAAUAGGCUAGAUGAACUAUCCUCAAUCAGCAUGCUAAUAUAUUUCCACAGUAAUAUCAACAAAACUUACCUUACUAGUCCUUGGGCUUAUGCCGUACUGUGGUCCCAAUAGCCCUGCUGUAGUGCGCGGAAUUAUCUGUGCAUGUGAUGGAGGAAUGCACAGUGCAGGGUUGAAAUUCAACGUGCAGCGUGUGCUUCAUUCCAUACAUCUUUAAAAUAUAGUUUUGAAUGACGUUACUAUUGGGCAGUGUUUAAUUUGCAGUAACAUUUUUUUUCAAAAUUCCUUACAUUAAGUGUAUUCAAUCCAGAGGGUACAGACCCAAGACAGCUAGAAUCAAGAAAGUGCAACCCUAGGAGUCAUACAGGAGACAAACCCUAUAGUUGCUCUGACUGGUAAGAGAUUUAAGAUUCAGUCUUAUUAUACGAGACGCGAGGAUUCAUAAAGGAGAGAAAUUAUUCAGUAGCAACCUUUGCAUCAAAAGAUUUUUUAGGAUUUAUCCGCUGAUAUUCAUAUUAUACAUAUUGGUUGUUAACUGUUUUAAAUAGACUCAUAACAGUUUUUAAAGAUUUGUGUUUAUAUAUCUUGUUUCUAUGGAUUUCUACAUAAUGUAUCUAUUUUUCAUAAUUUCCAUGUCAUUUUAAGGUUAAAGUGUGUUCCUUGCACUGUAUGUAUGUGUGUUCUUAACUAGUUCAUAUGAUUAAAAAUGUUUGUUUUAAAAAAAAUGGUUUCUGCGUUUGUGAGAUUCAAUGACAGUGUGUAAUCAACUUUAUGUAUUGAAUGUGUUUCAAAAAAUUUAAGUCUAAUAAAAAGAUAAUGGCGUC